AUGAUGUACGGAUCGGAGUCUUGGGCAGCACCAUCAACGGUUAUGGAGAGGCUUGACUGCACGGAACGAAAGCUGCUUAGACGGCUACUUGGCUACUUUUGGCCUAGGGUAUGUCACAGUGAAGAUCUUUAUGCAGAAAUUGAUGUGGUAUACCGGCGGAUGACACGUGCAAGACAUCAACAUCUUGCACCGCCAUCGAAAGUGGCUAAAGUAAAUCGUCUUCGCUUCUUUCGUCAUAUAUUAAGGAGACCGGCAGAUCGCCUUGUUCAACGAAUUCUGAGGAAAUAUGGAAUAGCGACGAAUGGAUUGAUUCUGUGCAAGCUCCCGCAGAAGAUCGAGAAGGUUGGGCAGAGCUGUGUUCAAGGACGGCACAUCUCGGCGAAGAUGCGGAUAAUCGCGUCAGGCGAUGACAUCAGCCCGCCGACUAAGUCAAGACAAACGCUGUCACAUCUCCGCCAAUGUGUGCUUCUACAAAAUGGCCAUCAAUUUGGAAGUAAUGAAACUUUCAAUGCUUGUUACCUGCCCAUCGAUUCGGGACUAUGCCGUGGUUCACUUUUGAGAUAUGCUUACGAUUCCAUAACCAAUCAAUGCCUUCCUUUCAUGUGGACGGGUUGUGGCGGCAAUAUGAAUAGAUUCAAGAAGAAAUACAAGUAUGUUGUUAUAACAGUGAUCGUGUAUAUUCCUCCUACAAGGAUUUGCAAAGAGUAUAUCUACACUAAAAUGCGCUGCGCACUUUAG